UUUAUUUUGCUUCUGGUUGGUCUUAACGAAAGUGUUGAAUUCUUUUAACGAAACGUGUUGAAGUUUGAUUUUUAACGAAGAAUGAGAAGAAAACAAAUUAAGAAUGGAAUGGCGUUACUGAGGGUGGAAGCAAUAAAUCAUUGUUAAAAAUAUAACCGAUUUUUACCAAGUUUACAUAAAAUCGCGAAAAAAGGGAACCAAAAUUCGAAUGGUAAUUUGUUUCGGGAACGAAAUUGAUAGGAAUUAAAACGCGGGGUGAUAAUUGAAAGUGCCAGCAAGGUAGCGGCAGUUUUGUAUAUGUGUGCGUGGAUAUUUGCAUUUGGGAAAGCGAGGAUUUUUGGUCGUCGACGACAACGGCCAACGCACAAAGCAGCAACAACUAAAAUAUUUAAUCCAUUUCUAUGCACACCAAAUUCAUCACAAAUAAAAACAAUUCAUAUGUAAGACUCUCAAUAUGAAAAAUUGUGGCACGCGAUCGUCGUAAAUUCAAUAGGAAUAUUAAAUAAUUAAUGUAUUGUCAGAUCAUCAUAUGUUUUUCAUUACCUGGAUGAAAUAGCGUGUAUUUUUAUACUGAUCAAGAAGAAUGUGAUUAUUGUUUACUGGUGUAUUUAACUGGAGGUUUUAAAAAUAAAUAAUUAAAAUAAAACUAUACAAUAGAUGGUAAUAGUUGCCGCUUUAACCAAUGCAAAAGGAAGGCAGGCAAGCAGAAAAAUAUGAGCCAUAUUAAGAGGCUGCGUUGUGAAAGAGUAUAAAAGAAGAAGCAGCAGUAGCUCUUGAAGGCAAAUGUGAAGAGGGUCAUCGUUGGAAGGAGUGUAAAAAGAAAAGGGUGAAUAAAAUUAGAAGGAAAAAGUGAAGAAUAAAAGACUUAGAUGAAGAAGUAGCUACAGCGGUGUAUAGCAAUUUGUUUUGAGUAGUACAAGUGAUAGUUACGUCCUGGAGCAAAAAUAUUACUCAAUUUAAUUUUUUGAAUGUUUAAAAUAUGCGUUUCCAUGUAAGGAAUUAAAAAGGUAGUGUCGAAUUAGCGGUAGCUAUUUUCUGUCGCCUGAUCGACAGAAGAAUAUACGUGACAGUGGACUUCUCAAGAACUGGACCGGAUUUUUAAUCUGGUCUUAUUUAUAUUUGUAUGGUUUAGAAAUUCAUAAUGAUCAUCAUAAAAAAACGAAGUGGAUUUGGUGUAAAGUUCUUGUGGCAUCCGAAAUCUACAUCUGAGGUUUAUUGAAACUAUACUUUGGAUAGAAUCAAUAGUUAAUCUGGAGGACAGUCAGUAGUAUCUGACCAAAAUUUUAAACGUGCCAUUUCAAAUGUUGUAUAAAAAUAGUAGGCAUAAAUCACAUAAAAUUGAGUUGAAAUAAUAGUACAUCCAAUAUCGGCACCAUCGGCUUGCUACUCAUAAAGUGAGAAAGGGCACGUCCUAUUUUAAUAUUUUUUUACGACGGUGAGAUAAAAAGCCGCCAACAUUAGGAAGAAAAAUACCACGAAUAUGACCCAUCAUCUCGGUAUGGCUCCAUAUCGUUUGACGGGUCCAGCUGGUGGGUUGUGCCCACCUGAUUUUAAACCACCACCUCCAACCGAUAUUAUCUCGGCGCCGAGUAAUCCAAAAAAACGACGGAAAACAUCUAACGCUAAUUCUGUGGCUGCAGCUGCGGCGGCGGCUGCUGCUGCUUCGGCUGCUGCUAAUUCCAUGACACCACAAGCACCACCUACACCUGCAGAUUUACUGCCGCCUCCACCCAUGGGGGGCUUUGGCGAUACAAUUGUUGCUUCAAAUCCAUUCGACGAUACACCCCCUAGUAUGACAAGUAAUAGCAUGAGCAACUUAAAUCACAUGGUGGGACCGGGACAUUUUGGUCCAGGCGGCAUGGGUGGUCCACAUAUGGGUAUGGGCGGUCCCCAUGGUCCACCACCUCACAUGCAUCCCCAUAUGCAUCCUCAUCAUCCUGGUGGCCCACCUCAUCCUCAUCAUAUGGGGGGGCCGCCAAUGCGAGGAAUGAACCCAAUGGGUAUGGGAAACCCAAUGGGAGGACCCGGACAUCCAAUGGGGCCCGGUGUCGGGCUGCCACCGCAUAUGAAUCACGGACGAGCAGGUGGACCCAUGGGCAGCCCUAUGGGUGCAAUGACUGCGAUGGGUGGCAUGAGUCCCAUGGGAGGAUUAGGUGGACCUAGUAUAUCGCCGCAUCACAUGGGAAUGGGAGGCUUGUCUCCAAUGGGUGGCCCUGGUCCGGGCCCCGGACCAGGUCCCAACGGGCCGCGUGCUAUGGGAUCGCCGAUGGGAAAUGCGGCAGUAGGGGCAGGAGGCGGUCCAUCAGGAAUGGCGCACGGUCCUGGACAGGGUUCGCCGAUGAAUUCGUUAUCAAUGGGCUCUCCUAUGAAUAGCGCAAUGGGGAGCCCAAUUGGUCCACAUCCAACACAUCAUCAGCAGCAAUCUCAGUCUCAACAACCGCCGCAUAUGAAUAACGGACAGAUGGGCCCACCAACAAUGCAUAGUCCACUAGGUAAUGGUCCAGCGAAUCAUAGUCAUUUACCUGGAGGACCAGGGCCUGGGGCUGGGGUAACAUUACCUCCUCAGCAACUUGGCGGUAAUAUGAUUUCAUCGAUGAGUGGACAAUGCGGUAAUAUUGGUCCAGGCAGUAAUUCCCCAGCUAGUAGUGGGCCUACAAAUAUAUCAAAUAAUAGCAAUAACAUCAGUAACAACAAUCCGAACAAUAACGCUAAAAACAAUCAGAACCAUCAUAUUUCACCAGUGGGACGCAUGGGUGCGACAUCCCUUAGCAACGGGCCUUCCACAUCCUCCUCAGCAACGACAGCGACGUCUUCAGCAUCCGCCAUUUCCGUACCAACAUCUUCGCCUGCACCUGGUGUAAAUCCGGCCAUGUCACCGCUGCACACGUUAAGCGGGAAUUCCAGUGGUGGUCCCGGACGUAGCCCAAGUAUGAUAAACAACUCGAUAUCAAGUACUGGCCCAGGGCCAAGCCCGUUACAGUCACCUUCGUUGAGUGCUGGUGGAAGUGGGAAUAUAGGUGCUAGUCCAAUGGGCUGUGGAUUAGGCGUAAGUGCGUCUGGUUUAAACAUGGGUCCCGGCAGCGGCAGUGGUAGCAAUAAUAAUAGCCACGGCAACAACUCAAAUAAUGGGCCAAUAAACACGAGUGGUAGUGUGCCAAUGGGAGGUCCAAUCCAACAACAACUGAAUGCGAAUGUUCCUAUGCAGCAACAGCAGCAACAACAGUCUAUGUCUCAUGGCGGCAACAGUAAUGUUGGCCCAGGCAAUCAGAUGCAAAUGAACAGUAACAGCGGUGCGGGUAAUAUGGGACUAAUGUCUGGGCAAGCACCCGGUAAUCAAGGAAAUGGUUCCGGCCAUGGUCCAUCAGGUAUGUGCGGAAGUGGAGGACCUAAUCAAAUGCUACCACCCCAACAACCACAUCUUGGACCAACGCAACAGCAGUUAAUGAAUCAUCCACAUCAUCCACAUCCGGCUGGUCCCAUGCCGCCACAUCUUAUAGGCGGCGGACCUAAUACUCAUAUUCAUGGACCCGGAAGCAUGAUGCCUCCUCAUAUGGGAGGUCCAAAUCAUUCACACCCACCGCAUCACAUGAUGGCCGGUUCUCACUUAGGACACAUGGGAGGCGUACCAGGACCCGGUGGAGGUAGUGGGCCUGGAGGUGGUCCUGGCAUCAUGAAUGGCCCUCCACACCCACAUGGACAUCAUCCACAUGCGCAUCCACAUGGGCCCCCCCAUUCGAUGGGUAGUGCUAAUCCCAAUAUGUUCGGGCCAGGUGGUCCAAUGGGUCCAGGUGCCUCGAUGAGUGGUCCUAUUGGGCCUGGCGGAGCAAUGAGUGGAUCCAUGGCUGGUACAAUGGGUUCGAUGAGUGGGCCAGGUGCAUCAAUGAGCGGUCUUGGCGGAAGUAUGGGCGGACCUAAGCCAAUGUCAAUGGGCACCGGAAAAAUGUAUCCUCCUGGUCAGCCGAUGGUUUUUAAUCCUCAAAAUCCGAAUGCACCACCGAUAUACCCUUGUGGUAUGUGCCACAAAGAAGUCAACGACAACGAUGAGGCAGUAUUUUGUGAAUCAGGAUGUAAUUUCUUUUUUCAUAGGACGUGUGUGGGUCUGACAGAGGCGGCAUUCCAAAUGCUGAAAGAUGAAGUGUAUGCUGAAUGGUGCUGUGACAAGUGUCUGUCUUCUAAGCCAAUACCAAUGGUAAAAUUCAAAUGUUGAGAUAACUUAUAAAAGGCGCAAUAGCGUUUGGCUGGAAACUUACUUGACACAAAUAAUGUGGAAGCAAACUAGUGGACGUGGUCUCACAUUAUAUUUGUUUCGUCAUAAAAAAUGGUUGUUAAUGGUUCCGAGAAACAUUGAAAACAGGAGCAAAAAGACAAAAUAUUCAAAUCAUCAAUACACUUAUAUUAAUAUUCAAAGUAAGUUCCGAUGCUGACAGUGAAUGUGAGCAAAGUAUAUGCAACACCCUGUACAUAUUAUAAGGCCCUUAAAGUAACACGAAUUCACGCUCACCUGCAACCACUUUAAUGCAUACAACUUUGUGUAAAUUAAAAUAAAUAAAUAAAAAACUAAAUAGAAUUAAGAUCAUACCGUUAAAUAAUGUAUGAAGUAGAGCAAUAUUAAUUUGAGGAAGAAUUAUUAAGAAAAAUUAAGGCAAAUACAGCUAAAUGAAAGUCACAUACAUGAGAGCGCAAAACUUCUACGAAGAAAUUAGUGUAAAUAGGUGCAAAGUAAAUUAAAACCGCAUUCUGAAAUGUGAUGAUUUCUCUGUGAAACUUUUUGCCGAUUUUUAUAUUUUAAUAGCGUUACGCGGAAAUCAAAAAUGCAAUUUUACGACGAGUCGGUCCAAUUUUUUUUUUGUAAUACUAAAUCUAACCGAAUAAUCUCUUAAGGAUAUGCAUUUUAUAUUUUCUAAAAUAAAGUGCUACGUUUGAAUUAAUAUUCAAUUACAAUAAUAACAUUGUAUGUUAUGGAUACAUAAUUGGGUUAAAACCUGACUUUGAACUCUCAGACUUAUAGUUGACAUUUGCAUCAUAUACUUCAACUAAAUUUGCUUUAAUUAUAAUGUAUUUAUUUUAUUGAGAGACCUUUUGAGCUUACAAAACUGUCUGAUGUAAGUUUAAAUUUCAAAUGUAAGCUGCUUCUAAAUACAUAUUGCAUCUCAUUUCAUUCGGAAA